AUGGGUUGCCGCAGAGACUAUGACUUGUAUAACAGCACGCGGGGAAAGAUCUGGGCUGUGGCGAAGGCAUUUGCAUGUAGGAUUGUGGAGCGCACACUUGUUAUAGGGAAAGAUCUGGGCUGUGGCGAAGGCAUUUGCAUUGUUAUAAAGCUUGUCCAUGGCUCUUCCAUUUCCGGGGCGAGGCGAACGACGACUGCUGGGUGGCUCGAUUGGUCAUCCAGCAAUAUUUUCAGGCCAAGGGAUACGACCCAAAGCAAACAAAACCCAGGGAACAGGACGACAAUCUUUGACGAGGACCCGUACUAUAUCAAUGUGCCAGAAGGGGGCUACGGCAAUGGGCCAAGCGGUUGGCGAAAUUCAAGCGCUCUGAUUCACCCUCUUGCGGGCGAUCCUUGUCCACCAACUGCCUCCUCGACUUCGUCCUCGAAUCGCCACGCUCGUCGGGCAGACAAGGUCGUUUCGGAGGAAGAAGCUCGCGCUACGGCGUCCAAGUCCAGCGCAUCAACAACGAAGCCUGCAGCACAGCAGGGAAAUAAGCAAAAGGCAAGUGUUGGAGAGCCCGCUGCAAACGCAAAUUCCCCGCCCCCGGCAAGCCCCCCGUCCCUCGACUCCCCAGAGACCGCCCAUCCCCGUCUCCGCCCCAGGAUAGCCCCCGUCCCCGUCUCCGCCCCCACCCCCGGCAAGGUCCCCAACAAAGACGCCUCGCUCAAUCCCCCGGUCAAACCCAUGGAGCCCUGCCGAAAGGAGCCGUCAAAGCCUGCCGCCGACCCCAAAGAAACGCGGCGACUGAAGCGCAAGGCCGAAAACGAUCGAGAUGAACCUGCCACAAAGAGGCAGCAACCAAGCCGCGUCGUGGAGCCGGCCGUGGACAAGGAGGCCGGGGAGCAGGGGCCAUCGAAGCGAAAGAUUCGUCCAAGAAUGCAGCCCCAGCCCCAGCCCCAGCCCCAGCCCCAGCCCGAGGGAGGUAAGGAACAUCCCGAUGGUGGAGACGGUGCCUCAUCCACCAAGCCCUCGGCCCCCAAGCCACGUGAGUCGACGCCUGCUCCCGAUUCACCGCCCACUCCCAAGCAGACCAAGAGAGGGCGAUCCAGGAAUAUACCCGAUGAGGAGAGCCGAGUCGUCAAAGUGACGAAAAUGACGAUACGCACUCGCCGUGAUGGACUUCGCACCCGCGAAUGA